AUGCGCGUGUCACAGAGACUCAUUCUACUGCUGGGAGGGGUCAUACGCAUGGAGGAGACAGUGUAUGCUAAAUGGCGGACACAAUUUGGAUUAGGUGAUGGAGAGGAGGUGGAAUCAGGUCGUUCUGAUGAUGAAGAUGAAGAUGCUAAAUGGCAAUCAACUUACUUGGCCUUCAAUGAUACGCCUCACUAUAAGCAUGAACUACACUAUCGAGAUCCUUUGGAAGCCAUUCAAACGUUGCUGGGCAAUCCUGCUCAUGCUCAAGAUAUUGUCUAUAAGCCUUCAAAGAUAUUUACAGACUCUUCUCAUUCUACCCGCAUAUUUAAUGAAUUCCAGGAUAGACUUCCUCAGGGCGCAUCUGUAGCUCCUGUAAUUAUUGCCACAGACAAAACUCAGCUGACCCGGUUUUCUGCAUCCAAAUCAGCAUACCCCGUCUACCUCACUCUAGGCAAUAUACCUAGAGCAAUACGACGGAAAUCCAGUCAGCACGCCUGUAUUCUUAUAGGGUAUUUAUCUGUGGAUAAAAUCCUAAAGGAGGAGCUAUCUGCAAGAGAAGUCUCUUCCAGGGUACAGCGUCUCUUCCAUGACUCAAUAAGGAUCAUUUUGGAACCGCUGAAAGAGGCAGGAAGAAGAGGAAUAGAGGUGGUGGGUGGAGAUGGUCUUGUUCGCCUGGUCUUUCCCAUUCUAGCUUGCUAUGUGGCGGAUUAUCCUGAGCAAUGCUUGGUUACCUGUACCAAGUACGGUACUUGUCCCAAGUGUAGGGCUAGAGCGGAUGAAUUGGCUGAAAUACAACAUUUUGCCAGACGUACUCAACCUUGGACCUCAUCAGUAAUUGACCAUGCCAACAUCUCCACAAAGACCGACUCUGCCUUUCGUAAACAGUGCAUGUCUCAGGAUGUAGCUGGAGGGCGGAUAUUCAAGCACAUGGUCGAGUGGUGUCAGGAGCUUAUGGAUGAAGAAGAACUGGAUCACAGACUUAGAACUCUCCCUCCUUCUUAUGGCGUCCAUCACUUCCAUAAAGGCUGGUCUGCUUUGGGUCAAGUCGGUGGAAAAGAGAGGAAAAAUAUGGCUAGAGUGCUAUUGGCUUGCUUAAUUGGCAAAGUUCCAAGAGGCGUCAUUCAGGCAUACCGUGCCCUCCUUGAUUUCAUUUAUCUUGCCCAAUAUCCCACUCAUGAUGACGACACUCUGGAAUAUAUGCAACAGGCCUUACAAGAUUUUCACCUUCACAAGGAAGUCAUCAUUAAUCUGGGUAUCCGAGACCAUCUCAAUAUUCCCAAAUUCCAUUCCUUGCAACACUACCUGGAGAACAUACGCAACUUCGGAACUACAGACAACUAUAACACGGAGAUGUUUGAGAGGUUUCAUAUUGACUUUUGUAAAGAGGGGUGGCCUCAAAUGAUCUCUUGGCUAACUAGAAGAGAGAAAGUAGCGUCAUUUCAAAGCUAUCUCAAGAUGUCUAUGGAGGAUGAAGAAGAAGAGUUUUCCCACUCAGGUUUAGAGAUCAUAGAAUUGGACUUCAGAUAA